UGUGCUGUAAAUCAGUGGGAACUGAUCUGUCCAUGCUGGAUAUUGAUGAUUUCAUCACAGAAAUCUGUCAGCUGAAGAAAGAGGUGAAGUUACUGGAGGAAAAGCUGAGGACAAGAGGAGAUGAACUCAACACAGAGGAUGUGUCGAGGGUUUUGUCGGGUCAAUCUUCAGUGUGUGUGAGUGACGGGAGCUACACAGAAUGUAUGGAUUCAGUGUGGAGCAGCAGAAAUCUGAUCACAACACAACCACUGCUGGACAAGCUCUCUGAACAGAAGGCCAGACACACACAGGACUCAGAGCUCAGCCUCACUUUACUCUGUUAUACUGACACAAACCCCACAGACGCUCAGGACACUGUGUGUGACAGUAAUCACACCUUGAAUCAGGAUGAAUCUACUGAUCAAACCUCCACAGAGUCUCUGGAUUCUGUCUGUAACGCUGGAGAACAGCAGAUCCUGAACACCAGACCACUGAACAUGUGUUUUGUCAAACUGAUGGACUGCAGGAAACUGAUGGAGAUGGAAACACAAACUACAGUAGGAAGUAAGGAAGAACAGAUUGAUGAAGAUGAUAAACAUGAUGAUUUUAUUCCUUCAGAUGAGAGCGGUGAUUCAUGUGGUGAUGGAGAAACGGCCUCUACAUCAAAACAGCGACUGACAGCACAAACUCUUUCCUGCAUCACCUGUGGAAAGACAUUCAGUUCACAGAGACGUUUAGAGACACAUGAGAGAAAACACACAGAACAGAAACUCUUCACCUGCACCAGAUGUGACAUCAGCUUUCCUACCUUACAAGAGAAGAAACUUCAUUCACAAGAGCACAGAGACAAGAAACACUUUCACUGUCAGCAGUGCGAGAAGAAUUUUGUUUCCUCUUCUAGUCUGAAACGUCACAUGAGGACACACACUGGAGAAAAACCUUUCCACUGCAGUGAAUGUGACAAAUAUUUCAGCACCAAAGGAAAUCUUGCUGUUCAUCAGAGAAUUCACACGGGAGAAAAAAUGUACGAGAAGAAACACUUUCACUGUGAGCAGUGUGGGAAGAAUUUUUUUUCAACUUCUAAUAUGGGAGCCCACAUAAAGACACACACGGGAGAAAAACCUUUCCACUGCAGUGAAUGUGACAAAUAUUUCAGCACCAAAGGAAAUCUUGUUAUGCAUCAGAGAAUUCACACGGGAGAAAAACCGUACAAGUGUCCUCACUGUGAUUGGAGAUUCAACCACAAAAAUCUUCUGAAGAAACACAUGCGUGUACACACAGAUGAGAGACCGUAUCAGUGCAGUGAAUGUGGAAAAACCUUUAAGAGUUUAGCAUCUUUAAAGUCCCACCAAAGAACUCACUCUAAUGAGAAACUCUAUCAGUGUUCACACUGUGAUAAACGCUUCCGUCAGAAAUGUCAGAUGAUAACUCAUAUGAGAACUCACACUGGAGAGAAACCUUAUCUCUGCUCUCACUGUGGAAAGAGAUUUAUUGAUUCAAAUAGUUUAAAUGGUCAUGUGAGAAUUCACACUGGAGAGAAACCUUAUCACUGCAGUGUUUGUGGAAAGAGUUUCACUCGACAGGAUACUUUAGCGAAACACAAGAGAACUCAUACAAGUGAAAGACUUUAUAAAUGUUCUCAGUGUGACAAGACGUUUGCUCGACGAGAUGUCCUUAAAACCCAUGAGAGAGUUCACACUGGAGAGAAACCUUAUCACUGCUCCAUCUGUGGAGAGAGAUUCACUUAUUUAGGAAGUUUUAAUUCUCAUCAGAAGAAACAUGCUGAAGAACAAACUGCACUGGAAUCAUCAUAGUGUUUACUUUAAUGGCCUCUAUGAUGAACUUAUCACCUGACUCAGUUAUUGCAGCUGAAUGUUGCUAUGUUUGAAAAACACGAGUAUUAUAAUGAUCUACUUCAUGAGGUUUACAAUGCUGUUAAAAUGAUACAAGAACAUGUCUCAAAGAUGAAAUAGUAUCAGUGUUGUUGGCUCUUUCAUAUUGAUACGCAUUUUGGGUCAUUUUUCACUUUCCGUUUCAUGUUCUGUACUCGUUGUUCCAUCACAUUUACUGAUAUUUUCUUAUACUUGUACUACAUCAACUUACAUUAACAAUUGAUCAAAUUAUAUCUGUGAAAUUUAAGAUGUUCUGUACACUAGAGUUUGGUUCUUCCUGAAUCUGGUGAACGUGACGCUUCUGUUUAACACAGAACAUCUCUCCAGAUAUUCUCCACUAUUCCACCCUCAGUUUUCAACUCCUCCUGAUGGACGGACAACAUGUGACUAUGCAGCUGCUGUUCUGUGAAAGAUUGUGAGCAUUGUUUCCAUUUCCAGAUAUAAUUGAUUCAACAUGUGCCCAUAUAAGAAUGUGUUAUUAAGAAUAAAGAAAGGCAGGAGGAAGAAUGA